CCCUCGGGCAGCCAGUGUAAGAUUCUUAUAAUCUGUAACAAUUUUAUGUAGCUAAUAUAGGCUAUUGAAGUAAUUUAUACCGAUUAAUAAAGCACCUGCGUGCACUUCCGUUGCCCGGGUAAACAACAUUUUGAUAAGAAAUUAAUUAAUGAUAUAAUGUAACUGAAAAUUUCACUUUUGAACCUAAUAAAGAACGCAAGCUAUUGCGUACAAUAAUAAUCAUGGCGACUGGACAUAUUUUACCGGGUUAUGGCAACCCAGUUACGCGUUUAAGGAGAGCGCAAUCGGCAUAUCCGAUGGACAAUAAAAAGUUACAUGAAUUAACUGCCAAACAUGUUCCUGAUAUGGAUCCAAGAACUUUAGACCACAUAAGACAAAAUGCAAGAAACAUGUGGCUACGCCCCCGUUAUGAACCGACAACAUAUAACACGUUUCAUGCUGGUGACCAACUUGACGAACCAAUAGAGUCGAUUCCAACUGAACCACUGAGGCGUCAUAAACCACAUCCUAAACCUGUGUUCCUGAUCAAUAGGUUACAUUAUGUACCAGGGUACCACAAUCCUGAUACUACCAUGGGCAAACCUGUUUACAAAAUUGAUGACACAUUUUCUGAUGAAGAGCGUCAGUUAAGAAGACACCAGAGGGAGAAAUAUGUAGCAAGACCCAGAACACCAGCUGUUGAUCAAUACACUGAACCCUGGGCACAACUUACUGACGCAGUAGGACCAGUAGAAGCAUGGGGUGCUCAAGCUUGGCUUAAAGUAGCUGAUGAGGAUCAUCAGCAUGAGGUUGUCAAUGCAAUAAGAGACUACAAAGAUAAAGAACUUUUUAACAUUUCCAGGAGUUCAAAAGUUCCAAUUGAAGGAGUGAAAGUUGAGGAGCAUGCUAAUGUUGAGAAUAAUGUUGAGGAUAUUAACAUAAAAGCCAACAACCAAAGCAAAGCUGAUCAUAUAGAGCACCAGAAAACUGCAUCAAAACCUGAUAUAAAUGUUCAACCUGGACACGGAAAUCAGAAAUUUCUGAACACUCUUGCACAAAGAUUUGCAUCAGCUAAUAUUGGAGAAAGAACCCAAACAAAGGAUGAUGAUGUUGAAGCACUGCAAAGAACAGGGCAAACAUCUGAUAAGAAAUGCCAUACAAAUGGAAUACUACAAAAAAAGAAGUCAACAUUCCCUUUAAAAGUUUCAACAUCUGUAAAGAAGGGUGUAAAAACUUUAGAUAAAUCUGAGAUAGACAAAAUCAUCUGCCAUAUAAACAACAAAGUAUACCGUGGAGAUAACAAAAAUAAUGACACUCUCACCGCACAGCAAAAAGUUUCAUUCAAGAGUCCUGUACAAAUAUUCAGACCAAAUUCUGCAUAUGUUAAUAAAUAUCGGGGUAAUGAAAGUGAAGUAAAGAGCAAAACAACAAGUGAGAGAAGUAAGGAAGACAGUGACCAGAGUAGUCCCCAACCUGAUAAUAGCAGCAUGGUGUUGAACUCUCAGUCUCCAGUGCCUCCCCCAGUAGCUGAUGCUACACCAAGACCACAUACUGCAAUCCCUUCAAGUCACAGGUGGAUGAAACAUGCAGGUGCUACAGAGUCUGAAGCAGUUAGACGUAUACUGUAUGGCGGAUAUCCACCAAGUACAAUUCAACCUCUUGGUAGUCUAGGAAACCCAGCCACGUUACUUCAGCGUCGCCAACAAGAUGUUGACAAUGUACGAAGAGCCAAAUUUAUAAACAAAUAUCCCAGAGGAGAUUUUCUAAUUCACCCAGAAUAUCCUCCAUCUUUCCCACAUCAUAGGAUUGACUAAGUCUAGAUUCUAGUCUUAUAUAUUUCAGUAUCUAAAUUGGAAGAUAUUAUAGUACAGUUUGCAAAAUUGACAUUAAUAAUUUUAUGAAUGCAUUCUAUGAUACAAUUCAUUCUUUUGCGAUUCUGUGCACAUUAAACGUUCCAUUAUUAGCACUUUUUAAAGUUGUUUUACAGCAUUUUGCAAGCAUUUUUUGUUUUAGAAGAAACUUUUGUUUAAUUGAAAUCAGUAUUAAGAAAUGAUUUUUUAAUUGCAUUUAACUUUGAAAUUAAUACCCGUAGUAAUGGUUAUAUGAAUUGUUGACUAGACACUAUAAACUUUGAUGUUUCAACUUAAAGUAGAUAACAAAUAUCAACUGUUCAUUGUUUUGUGUUUCAAAUUUUGCUUCAUAAGCAAUCAGUUGGGUUAGAAAAAAAUGUUUUGAUGUUGAAAAUGUUGCUAAGCAAAUGUGUAUUCAAAAAAAGUUGUAUUUUUUUGUUUUGCUUUAUUGUUUAAACAGUAUAUUAAAAAGACAUGUACCAUUUAUAUUUUAUAUUGGUAUAUUUAUAUUAAUUUGUUAUUGAUCAAAUACUAAUAUGUAAAGUGUACACUUGUUAAUUUUGUCUUAUAUUUCUAGACAAUUAUUUUAUAUUAAGAUAUAUAUAAAUAUUUAUUACUAAAUGAAUAUAUUAUAUAAUUGUAUCUAUUGUACAUUGUUUACUGCCCUAUUAAUGUGUAAAAUUUCAUUAUUAUUUUAAGCUUUUACUUUGUUUUGUUAUUUUUGCAUCCAUGUUACCUAGGGGCUUUUUGUUCUUUAGUAAUACUGCUUGUUAAGAAGAUUUGUGUGUUCACUUAGAAUUUCAUUUUUUGCUGUUUAUAUGUGAAUGAAUUCAGCUUUACAAUUAUGGGAUUCUCUAAUUUGAUUUUAGAGCUAAAAUUAAGAAUAAUGAAUUCAUUUCAGUUAUUAAGUACAAAAAUAUUUUUAACAUGUUUCAAGUAAUAGCAAUUGUACUUUACAUAUUUAAGGUAGUUGUAGAAUAAGAAUUUCUCAGAAAGAUUCAGGAACUGGUGUGAUUAUUCUUUAACAGAUGUGAUAGAAAUGCUAGAUUUUGUCAAAGUGCCUUAUAUCUUCAGAUCUUUACCAUUUUAAUUUGAAGAAGAAAUCAUUUUUCAAUAGUGGCAGCAUUUUUCCUUCCUUAGAAUGGAUGUGUUUGAAAGUAGAAAAUUAGUUUGGAAGUUUGUAUGUUGUUUCAGUUUUCUUAUUUAAUUCAGGUAACAUGAUCUGAUACUUUGUUAAGAUACCUUUUUAUCAUUUUUAUUGAUAAUUUUUAUUUGCAUUUAAUUAGUGAAAUGAUAUACAAUAUGAUGUAUGGUAUUGAAUAUUUUAUGACAUUAGGACUGAAUACUUGUUGAUAUACAUACCAUAGAAGAUAGGAUAUUUAACACUUCAAAUAUCAUUAUACUUUUCAUUAGAUUCUGGUAAAAAUAAAGAUAAAAUAAGCACUGUGUAAGCUAUUAAAAUAGAGAAAUGAAAUAAUUUAAUUGGAAAUAUCAACAACAUUCAUUUAGCUGUCAGUUUUCAACUUUUGUUUCGUUUGAAAAACGGACAGACAUUUGUCAGUGACAUUUUUUUUCUCAAUCUGCCAAUAUGCCUGAAAGAACUCUCUGAAGAGGUUUAGAAAAAACAAAAUCUUGAUGACAGAUAUGUAACUUUAAAGAAUUUGUCUCGGAUAGUUUAUGUACUUUUUCACAAUUCUAGCAGUAUAUUAUAAAUAAUUAAUCACUUACAUCAUAAACAGUGAAAUUGUCUUGUUUAUGUCAUUAGUAUGUGUCACAUGCAUGUACUGUGUCGUCGCAUUGGCAUUGACUUCUCAAUUUUUAAUUUCCCUUUAAAUAGCAAUGUAUCAACUGAAAUUGAAAGCAGAAAUAGUUAUUUACAUUGAUCUAUUAAUAAUAGCAUUAAGAUAACACAUGGUUAGAUUUUUUUUACAUCUUUUAAAUGUUUAACUGUGCCUUAUUAUGCUCUGUUUUUAAAACAACUCACUUAUUGUUACUAAAUCAUUUAAUGAUGUUAUUGUGAUAUAAAGGAAAUCUCAGCUGUUCAUUUACCGAUAUAGAAAAUAAUAAAAAUAUACAA